AUGACAUGCACUCAUCAAGAGUACGAUGAAGUGGUCGGCAACCCUAUCCCCAUCACAGGCACAACUCAUCGCUCUUUCUUCUUCGGAGCCACCGAGGUCUCAUCCAUCCGUAAAUUACUCCCCACCCACCUCAGUCAUCAACCAACCUCAUUCGAUCUCGUCACGGUGUGUCUUUGGCGUUGUCGUACAAAAGCUUUGCAAGCAGAUCCACAAGACGAUGUUCGACUCAUGUUCCUCGCUAAUGCACGUAUAGGACGUGAUAGAUUCAAACCUCCAUUGCCAAAAGGUUACUACGGGAACGCUAUCGUUUUCCGACAGCGGUUUCGACGGUCGGAAAACUCUGAGAGUCUGUUAGAGUAUGCGUUAGAGCUCGUUAGGGAAUCAAAGGAUGUAGUGAAUGGCGAGUACUUUCACUCUGUGGCUGAUUUUUUGGUGACUAGAGGACGACCUAGUUUUGCAACAGUGAGAUCGUUUAUAGUUGCGGAUUUUUCAUGUCUUGGAUUCAAAGAUGUUGAUUUUGGUUGGGGCAAGGCAGUGUAUGCUGGUCCAGCUUUCAGUGGACUUGGGACGCUUCAAGGAUCCACAUUUUAUGUUGGAUAUAGUAACAGUAAGGGAGAGGAAGGAAGAAUAGUUCCUGUUUGCUUGCCACCAGAAUGUAUGGAAAAGUUUGCCAAAGAGUUUGGAUCUUAUGCUUAA